GGAGUCUUAAUCAAGCAAACUCCUGUAGAAACGUCUAAAUACCAAACCCUUAUUAAUCCACUUCCCCACGAUUCCUUUUGACCCAAAACAAAAAUCCAUUUUCUUCAUUCUGUGCAAUCCACAUCCCUCUUUAAUCAGUUUCUGUUCAACACUUGAUCGAUUAUUAUUCGAAGAUCGUUAUCAGUUCCGUCUAAGAUCCUCCAUUAAUGGCCGCCUGUAUCCGGGCCGGAACCAAACUCCGAUCCAUUCACACCGUCAAUUCUUCGCUUUUCAAUCGCAUUGUUCCUACACCAACCCUAACAUCUUCACAAUCGUCAUCUUCAUCUCAUUGUUAUACCAGAUUUGAUUGCAGGCAGAUUUCUCAACUUGUUCAAUCCAACGGCAAACGCUUGUUCCUUGUUGAUACGCUUGCACUUGUUAGGAGAUUGGAAGGACAAGGCGUGCCUUCAAAGCAAGCGGAAGCGAUUACGUCUGCAAUUACGGAAGUUUUGAAUGAUAGUUUGGAAAAUGUGGCUCAAUCUUUUGUUUCCAAGGGUGAAAUGCAAAGGAUUGAGAUGACUCAAGAUGGUAAUUUAGGGAAAUUUAAGUCUCAAGUACAAAGUUCUCAGGAAAAUCAUUUCUCUUUGUUGCAACGCGAGACAGAGAAGUUGAGGAAUGAUAUAGAGAAGAUGCGCAGUGAGUUGAGGUACGAGAUAGACAAAGUCACUGCAGGGCAGCGUCUGGAUUUGAACCUUGAAAGAGGGAGAAUUCGUGAUGAGCUAGCAAACCAAAACCAAGAAACUGCCAACCUCACAAACAAACUUGAUCGAGAAAUUCAUUCGUUAAGGGCCCAGUUGGAAGCAGCAAAAUAUGAUGUGAUCAAGUACUGCAUAGGUACUCUUGUCUCAAUUUCUGCUGUUGGUUUGGCGGUAUUGCGUAUACUCAUGUAAACUGUAAUCUUGCUAAUUGUAACGAUUAGCAAUAACCCCAUAGACAGAAAACCAUGAUUAGUUCACGUGCUUUUUAAUAUCCGUGAUCAAUUAGUAAAAUGUAGCAUAAUGAAAGUAGUUGAUAAGUGAUUCUUGCUUUUUUUUUUCUGCACUUGUUUUGCCACCUUGAUGUUCUUGCAGUGAUGUAAAACCAUACUGACAACCCUAUCACGUUAGUGGUUAACGAUUUCUGGUUUGAUUUACCUUUGCUGCAAAAGACUGUAAGGCUAUGUAUAUUGGUUUCAUGUUGCGUGUUAUCUCUGAUAACAACUUCGACAUUAA